UCUCUCUUUCCACCCCAUAAUUAUGUUUUCAGUACUGAUUUCAGUGAUCAGCCAAUCACAGUUGAAGUUCCCGCCAAUUCUCAAACUUUCAGAGUACCACAGUUCUUAACAAUUGUCGAUGAUGAUAUUGAUGAGAUGAGCAGAGCUUUGCAAUAGUUGCUGAGAUAGGACCUGAUGUUCCUGAGAAUAUCGGCUGUUUCCAGACUGGAGUUAGAGAUGCAAAGUGUUCACGGACGACGAGGAGCGACUGAGAUUAGAAUUACUGACAAUGACCCAAUGAUCAUUGGUUUCACUGACAGAAUUAAGACUGUAUCAGAAGGUGAGGUACCGGGGGUGGACUUGUUCCGGGUUGAAGUCAAUGUAGCCAGUCAAAGGACUGCUGAGCGAGAGCAUCCAAUGGUAUUCCGUCUUCUAGAAUCCGUAUCAAAUGCC